ACUCUCCUAUGCGGAACUGACCUCUCAUCCAGGAAUCUCCAUUCUCUUCCGUUUGUACAGUCAUAGCUUUACCCUGAGCUCUCGCAAUUUCAACAUUUCCGAGGCAAUUCGAAUUUCCAGUACCCUCACCAACAAACAGUUUGGAUGAUCUCUUCAGUACCAUCAUUAUCUUUCUAUCGAGUUCAAUAAUUGUUGGAUUGUAUUUUUUUAUUUUUAGUUUGCAUGUCAAGUAAUUUUUUCACCUGAUAAGCGUGUCAUGUAUGUCAUUCUGUUGCCGACUGAUAGUGUCGUGUGAUUCUGCUGUUUUUGUGGCUAGAGCCGAAGUGUCAUUAUUAUUAAUAACUCGGACAGUAACGGAUAUGCGAUAGAUGGAAAUCAUUGAUGUGGUAAUGAUGGAUGAUGAUGUUGCGCCCAGUAUUUCGUGCCAGGUCGAUCUGUCUGACAGGAUAAGUGGUUUUAAUUGUCAACUAACGUGUGGUGUGUGAUGCUUCUGGAAAUUGACUCAGUCAGUCAAUUUAUUUGGAAUAAAAAUGAUUACAGAAUGGCUGGACACAUGGUUCGGACGACCGAAGAAAUCCGGCCGUGGGGGUGGAGUGAGAAGUGGCACCGGCUUCAACACAAUUCCACGGCCGAAUUCCGGUGAUGAUUUUGAUGAGAUUGAACAGCAAAGGGCCAUUAUCGACAGGAUGGACGAGGAAACAGUCAAUGAGAAGUUUGAGGAAAUGCUGGCAAAUAUGAAUUUGAAAGAAGACAAGAAGGAGCCCUUGAGACAACAGCCAGAUGCAAAGAAAAAAGAAAUGCUCGUUCUUCAUUACAAAGGCAGUAUUCAAGAGAAUCGCUCAAAAUUCGACAGACCCGCUGAUUAUAUCCAGUAUUUGGCACAGCCUGACUUGAGUGUCAACAAAAUAUACAAUUGCAUCGAGUCACUGAGAAUUGCCCUCACUAACAAUCCACUUAGCUGGGUCCAGGAAUUUGGCACAAAAGGAUUGAAACAAGUGUUGGCAACGCUCAAUGAGUGCUACAGAAAUGACAAUCGUUACGAACGAAUACAGUACGAAUGCAUAAGAUGUCUGAAGGCGAUAAUGAACAAUACAGGGGGAAUGAAGGAGAUGCUCGACCACCACGAGGCAUUGACGAUAGUAGCUCGUUCUCUUGAGCCCAGUAAACCAUCGGUGAUGUACGAGGCUGUUAAAGUUCUGGGUGCAGUCUGUCUAAUCGACAGUGACAGUCACAAGAAGGUCCUCGAUGCGAUAACGAUGAAUGGAGAGUUCAAAGGACGCGAGAGGUUUCAACCAAUUGUUCAGGGCCUGAUGAAUAAGCAGAAUGAGAAUUUGAGGGUUGUAUGUCUGCAACUGAUAAACUCUAUAAUAUCCUCAGCUGACGAUCUCGACUUUCGACUGCACCUUCGGAACGAGGUCAUGAGAAUUGGAUUGGCGGAUAUCUUAGAAGCACUGGAGAGAGACGAGUCUGAAGACCUUACAACACAUUUGAAAAUCUUCAAUGAUUACAAGGAGGGAGACUACGAGGAGUUUGUCCAGAGGUUUGAUCACGUGAGAUUAGAGCUCGAUGAUGUCAACGACUGCUUCGAGGUUGUGAAGAAUAUGGUGAUGGACACCAUGGCAGAGCCCUAUUUUCUCUCGAUACUCCAACAUUUGCUCUUCAUCAGGGAUGAUGCUCUAGUGAGGCCGGCUUACUACAAAUUAAUCGAAGAAUGUGUCUCUCAGAUUGUUCUCCAUCGUUCUGGCUGUGAUCCAGACUUUUCAGCAACAAAACGCUUUCAAAUAGAUGUGCAACCAUUAAUCGAUACCUUAGUUGAGAAAUCGAGGGCUGAGGAGGAGAGGAGGCUAGUCGAGAUGUCCCAAAAGCUUGAGGAAGCGAUAUCAAGUAAACAGGAGGCAGAGGCCAAGCUUCAGCACGCUGAGAAUAAAAUCAGGGAAUUGGAAUCUGGUGGUGGAAGGAUAGGUAUAAAAAUGGGGGCUCCUCCACCACCGCCGAUGCCAGGUAUGGUUGGUCCACCUCCUCCACCGAUGCCAGGAAUGGGUGUACCACCACCUCCACCGAUGCCAGGUAUGGGUGGGCCACCACCUCCACCGAUGCCAGGAAUGGCUGGACCACCGCCGCCACCGAUGCCAGGCAUGGGUGUUCCUCCACCUCCACCGAUGUUAGGCAUGGGUGGCCCGCCACCACCUCCAAUACCCGGUAUGGGUCCUCCACCACCUCCUGGUGGAUUUAGAUCACCUCUUGCAGGGGCUGUUCAAGUAUUGCCACACGGUUUGAAACCCAAAAAGAAAUGGGAAGUCGAUGGGCCUCUGAAGAGGGCCAAUUGGAAGGCUAUUUUACCCCAGAAAUUGAGUGAAAAAUCUUUUUGGGUUAAAGUACAAGAGGAUAAACUAGCUAGUCCGGAUAUUUUGAAUGGUUUGGCACAGAAAUUUUCGUCGAAGCCUGCGGGUAGAAAAAUAGAUGAUGUCGUGGACAAAUCAACAACGAGUAAAAAAGUCAAGGAUCUCAAGGUUCUCGAUGGCAAAGCUGCACAGAAUAUUUUGAUUCUUCUCGGGGGGACAUUGAAGCACAUGUCUUACGAGGAAGUUAAGAGCUGCCUGUUGAGAUGUGAGGGACCUGUGAUCUCUGACAAUGUCCUCCAGGGCCUCAUACAGUAUUUACCACCACCUGAUCAGCUCACCAAGCUUCAAGCGUUCAAGGAUCAGUACGAUGAUCUCACUGAGGCGGAGCAAUUUUGUGUGACGGUGUCUUCCAUUAAAAGGCUCAUGCCGCGACUCAGAUCGUUAAGUUUCAAGCUGAGAUAUGAGGAAGUUGUUCAGGAUAUUAAACCAGACAUUGUUGCCGGUACAGCUGCCUGUGAAGAAGUUAAGAGCAGUAAAAAAUUCGCUAGAAUCUUGGAGCUCAUUUUAUUACUCGGUAAUUACAUGAAUUCUGGCUCGAAGAAUGGACAGGCGUUUGGCUUUGAGAUUAGCUUCCUCACGAAGUUGACUAGCACCAAGGAUGUCGAGAAUAAACAGACAUUGAUGCAUUAUCUAGUGGAUACUAUUGAGAGGAAGUUUCCAGAGUGCUUGAGCUUUGCUGAGGAGUUACUGCAUGUCGACAGGGCCAGUCGAGUUUCAAUGGAAAAUAUUCAGCGAACACUUAGGCAGAUGGAAUCGAAUAUUAAGAAUUUGGAACAGGAUUUGGCUAAUUCAAAAAUACCGCAGAGUGAACAGGAUUGUUUCAUUGAAAUCAUGUCACCUUUUGCCAAGAAAGCGAGAGAAUCGUUCGAAGUUAUGCAGAGUAUGUACAAAAAUAUGGAGACACUUUACACGGAUAUCUCAGACUUCUUCGCUUUUGACAAGCAGAAAUAUACGAUUGAGGAGUUCUUCGGGGACAUUAAGAAGUUUAAGGAUGAUUUCGUGCAAGCCCAGAAGGAAAUCAUAAAGCUGCGUGAGGGUGAGGAGAAGCAGAGAAGAGCACGUGAGGCACGUGAGAAAGCAGAACUCGAGCGUGCAGCACGUGCUGCACGUAAACGUGCUCUGGUUGACAUGAAUGCCCAUGAGACCCAAGAGGGAGUAAUGGAUAGUCUCAUGGAGGCGUUACAAACAGGCUCGGCAUUCAGUCGUCCUGAUCAACGAAGAAAACGUCAGACUCGAGCCGCUGGUGGUAAGUGCAAGCUCAUCAGGACUAAAGAUGCUUCUAGAAUACUAAGAUGGAAUCCAAAUGAUCAGCCAAAGCUCUUCGACGGUGCACUAGCGAGUUCAGCACACUUAAUUAACUCAGAAAUUCAAAAUGUAUUAUCACCGAUGGGUCCUCUACCCUCUCUAUCCACAGCUUUUAGUUUCUGCAACACACCCCAAGACAAUCAGUCAGAGCUGAAAGAUUGUCUCUUAGACGCCGCCAUGAAUGCCCCUAAACGUGAAAAAUUUAUAACUAGAGUCUCCUCUUUCCAAAGAUUACGACGUAAAGCCAAGAAUAGUCCCACAUACCGUCACAUCGAUAAUUCUCUCAAUUCCCCGAUGUUCGGUAAGACCCCUCAUCGUGCAAUCCCCACAAAAGUUCAGAAAAAUCUCCGAAAAAUCAAUAGAAGUGAUAGCUGUGACUCCAACGCCGAUCCAAGGUCCACAGCCUCUCCUAACCGUAGGAAUUCUACCUCAUCCCUGAAGGAAAAAGUAUCGAAAAUGUUCCACUUAACAAUUCCCUACGACUCCGUAAUUGGAGAGCUCAAGAAAAAAUCCAGUGAGGGAAUCUCAGCUCCUCACAACACACCCUGUCAGACACCUGUUAUCGUCCUUAGUAAACCAUCGUUGUAUAAAGAGACGCUGCUGGGUGAGGCUAGAAAGAUGACGCCGGUUAAGCAACGCAGAAUAAUUGUGGGUAAACGCAGAAAGAGGAACAACAUGGUGAGAAGGGCUGUUGUUCAGAGGAAAAAACAAGUGAGGAGGAGACGAAGCCUGGGUGAUUAUCUGGGGAGUCCACCGAGCAUGAACUCCUCGAUGCCAGACCUCGCUUUUCCCUCUACUCCCAGGAAUAUUUUUGAAGUUGAUAACACCUUCCAAAGGAACUUCUUAUCUUUUGACGAUAUCAGCUCUAAAAAUCAGGGGAGGGACUGUGGAUUUCUACCUAGAACCAAGAACUUUGAUGACAUCAGUAAAGUUCAUGAUGAGAAUCAGAACAGUAUUGUUGUGAGGGACAGUGAUGAAUCUGUUUUCACUUCGGCUGAGGCAACGCCCAAGAAACUUGAUGCGUCUGAUAUGGAGCAUCUCAGUCCUGGGGGAAUCAGUGGAAUCACUGAACUCUCUCAUAAUAUCAACAGUCCAUACUUUUCUGCCAAAUCCACAAGCAGCAUCGCUGGUUAUCCUGUUACACCCAUCAAAGUGGAUUUGCAGAGACCUAUUCACUCCCCGAAAUUAGAUAGUGUCUACAAAUCCACCGUUUUACCGGUUACUGAGAGGAAAAGGUGGAAAUUUUGGCGCACUCCCGACACUGAUAAUACAGUGGUUACCUUGAAAUAUAACAAAUUGAGAUUGAGUGAUAGCGAUCUUGUUACCAAGAUGAAGGGAUUCGUCAAUAAAUUCAAAAGUCCGACAACCGAUGACUGAUGGUUUUUUGUUAUCGAUUUUUAUAAUCAAUUUUUCAAGGCACUGGUUAUUACUUUUGCCUGUUAUUUUAUGAGAUAACUAUAGAAUUUUUUGUGAUCAUUGUAAAGAGAAAUGAGAUUGUGAUUUUUAUGAUUUUUUAAAAUUU